UUUUUGUAGAUUAAAAUUUUUUUAAUAAUUUUAUUUUUUUGAUAUUUGCAUUUGCAAUCUAAAAUCCUUUUGACUUAAAAAAAUAAAAUCCAGAGGGGAAGAUGUUUGGGACCCACAGCAGCACAGCUGACGUCACUACCCUUACGGGUCAGCAUCCUUGCAUCCUCAACUUACGGACACGACACAUGGAAGCGACUUACUUGUUCGACGUAAUGCCUCACUAACAACGGAAGCCAAGCCAUCGUCGCCAGAUUUCCCAAAGGAACAGGAAAGAUUUUUGAGGCACGACUGAUAGUAUUGAGAGGAGGAGCUAAAGAAUAGAGAAGUCUGAGAGAGAUGUGGAGGCGCGUGGCUUCGCUUUCUUCCGUGAUCUCAUCUUCGAAUUCGUCCUUUUUUCGCCAGGCCGCAGGCAGGUUCACCAUAUGGGAAUCAUUAACGACAGGGAUCGCCCAACAGGCAAAAGGUGUAUCCAAAGAGAAAACUCCAUUCAUAACAUUUGUCCUAGGUGGUCCUGGUAGUGGGAAAGGUACGCAAUGUAUAAAGAUUGUGGAGACCUUUGGGUUCACACAUUUGAGUGCAGGAGAUUUGUUAAGGCGGGAAAUAGCUUCUAACAGUGCGGAUGGUGCCAUGAUUCUUAACACGAUUAAAGAAGGAAAAAUUGUCCCUUCAGAAGUGACAGUCAAACUGAUACAGAAGGAGAUGGAAUCAAAUGACAAUCACAAGUUUCUCAUUGAUGGUUUCCCACGAAGUGAGGAGAACCGAAUAGCAUUUGAACGAAUUAUUGGAGCAGAGCCAAAUAUUGUACUUUUCUUUGAUUGUCCAGAAGAAGAGAUGGUGAAACGGGUGCUGAAUCGUAAUCAGGGCCGAGUUGAUGACAACAUAGAUACAGUUAGAAAACGCCUUAAAGUUUUUGAGGCAUUAAAUCUUCCAGUCAUUAACUACUACUCUCAGAGAGGAAAACUUUAUACGAUAAAUGCAGUAGGAACAGUGAAUGAAAUUUUUGAACAAGUCCUUCCAGUGUUUACUGCCUCUGAGCUGACCUUCAAAAUUUCUAGUCCUCCAUUUUUGCCCGCUCUUCCUUCUACAACAAUGGUUGCCCUUUUGCGACCACCGAGCCUCCACUUAGUUUCGUUGACUCUCCGCUGCUCCUCCACAAGCAAGAAAAGCGAAAAACAGAAACAGCUAAAACUAAAACAGAUUCACCAGAGCAAUAGUACUGCCCUCCCUUUCCGAAAAUCAUCCCCAACCCCACUCUUAAUCAACCAUAAACCCUUCACCCAAACCAAACUCCAGGCCCUGGACGCCGUCGUUAAAGACCUCGAAGCCACAGUCAAAAACGGCAUGAACAUCACUUCCGAAAUAUUCUCUUCCCUGUUAGAAACAUGUUACCAGUUGAAAUCCAUUGACCACGGCAUUAAAAUCCACAAUCUUGUUCCCAAAACCCUAUUACGUAAAAACACAGGCAUUUCUUCGAAACUUGUGAGGUUGUACGCAUCCUGUGGACACAUCGAAAGUGCCCACCAAGUGUUCGAUGAGAUGUCUAAACGUAACGAAUCGGCUUUUCCAUGGAAUUCUCUUAUCUCAGGAUACGCGGAAUUGGGACAAUAUGAAGAUGCCUUGGCACUUUACUUUCAAAUGGAGGAAGAAGGUGUUGAACCUGAUCGGUACACGUUCCCUCGCGCGUUGAAAGCUUGCGCGGGACUUGGGUUGAUUCAAAUUGGGGAGGCGGUUCACCGUGAUUUGGUGCGUAAGGGUUUCGGGAAUGAUGGGUUUGUGCUCAAUGCUCUUGUUGAUAUGUAUGCAAAAUGUGGUGACGUUGUUAAGGCUAGGCGGGUUUUUGAUAACAUUGCUUGUAAGGAUACAGUCUCGUGGAAUUCUAUGUUGACGGGUUAUAUUCGUCACGGCUUAUUAGUUGAGGCAUCGGAGGUUUUCCGUGGGAUGAUUCGAGAGGGAUAUGAGCCUGACCCUGUUGCUAUAUCGACAAUUCUGUCUGGUGUUUGGUCAUUGAAGAUUGUGCUGCAGAUUCACGGGUGGAUUCUUAGGCGAGGAAUUGAGUGGAACUUGUCUGUUGUCAAUGCUUUAGUUGUUGUAUAUUCUAAUCAUGGGAAGUUAGAUCGAGCAAGCUGGUUGUUUCGCCAGAUGCCUGAGCGGGAUGUUGUGUCGUGGAAUGCAAUAAUCUCUGGUCAUUCUAAACGCCCAGAAGCUCUGGUGUUCUUUGAACAAAUGGUGAGUGGUGGUACUCUACCUGAUAGUAUCACGUUUGUGGCAAUACUAUCUGCUUGUGCUCACUUGGGUUUUGUUAAGGAUGGGGAGCAGUUGUUUUCGUUAAUGAGAAAGAAGUAUGCCAUAAACCCGAUAAUGGAACACUAUGCUUGUAUGGUAAAUCUUUAUGGGAGAGCAGGGCUGAUUGAUGAGGCUUUUAACUUGAUAGUGGAGAGGAUGGAGUUUGAGGCCGGGCCAACCGUGUGGGGAGCAUUACUUUAUUCCUGUUCUGUUCAUGGACAUAUAGAUAUAGGAGAGAUUGCUGCUCAAAAUCUUUUUGAGCUAGAGCCAGAUAAUGAGCAUAAUUUUGAGCUCUUGAUGAAGAUUUAUGGCAAUGCAGGUAGGUUGGAGGACGUGGAAAGGGUGAGAAAAAUGAUGUUGGACAGAGGAUUGUAUGCUUUUUCUCCGUUACAAAGUUGUUUCUGAUAUUGAUAAAUCAAGCUGAAGUUCACGUUAAGAAAUUAAUUGGUAAAGCUUCUAGGAGAUGGCUUUAGUUCUUAACUGUGCCAUCUGCAUAUGAAUUUAAUUUAAAAUUCAAGCAAAUCAUGUCGUAUGGAUGAGAUUACAGAGAGCUUGCAGCUAUCUACCUCCGCCUUCUGCAAUGCUGGGGAAGACUCCUUCCAGAGCACCAACAUAUAUAAGAGAAACAAGAAACCUCUAGGCAAGUAAUGGAGGAUAUGGUUCUACAAAGAAACUUCAGUUAUGUUACCUUAGAGUGUUAAUAUUCAAAACGAUCUGUAAGUAUCAAAUCCUUAUAAAUAACCUUCGGUUUAAAAAAA